GCGCGGGCGAGGAGCGGCUGCGGGGAACCCCGAUGAACUCUCCGGAAAGAGCGUGAACGAGGGUCGGUCCGCAGCGCUCGGCCCGGGCGCCAGGGGUCUCCUUUGGGGACCUGGGAGCAGCAGAGCCGGGGAAAGACUGGGGAGGAUGACCGUUCGGCCCUUGGGGACCUCAGCGCAGUAAUGCCAACAUGAUGGUCCACCCAGGUCGCAUGUGGAGCUGUCAUUGGAAGUGGAAGCCAGGUUCCCUCUUGUUCUUAUUUGCUUUCUAUAGUGUCCAUGUUCCUCAGUCAGUGCGAGGAUGCGCCAACUGCAGGCUUGUCCUGUCUAACCCUUCUGGGACCUUUACUUCUCCGUGCUACCCUAAUGACUACCCUAACACCCAGGCUUGCAUGUGGACCCUCCAGGCCCCCACCGGCUAUAUCAUUCAGAUAACGUUUAAUGACUUCGACAUUGAAGAAGCUCCCAAUUGCAUUUAUGACUCAUUAUCCCUUGAUAAUGGAGAAAGCCAGACUAAAUUUUGUGGAGCAACUGCCAAAGGUCUAUCAUUUAACUCAAGUGCGAAUGAGAUGCAUGUGUCCUUUUCAAGUGACUUUAGCAUCCAGAAGAAAGGUUUCAAUGCCAGCUACAUCCGAGUUGCUGUGUCCUUAAGGAAUCAAAAAGUCAUUUUACCCCAUACAUUAGAUGUGUACCAGGUAUCUGUUGCAAAAAGUGUCUCUAUUCCGGAGCUCAGCGCUUUCACACUCUGUUUUGAAGCAAACAAAAUUGGCAAGGAAGACGGUGAAUGGAUGGCUUUCUCCUACUCAAAUGCAUCCUUCACACAGUUGCUCAGUUUCGGAAAGGCCAAGAGUGGCUACUUUCUAACUAUAUCUGGCUCACAGUGCUUACUAAACAGCGUGUUACCUGUAAAGGAUAAAGAAGAUAUUUUCACAGAAAGCUUUGAGCAGCUUUGCAUCGUUUGGAAUAAUUCUUUGGGCUCUGUGGGUAUAAGUUUCAAAAGAAAUUAUGAAGCAGUUCCAUGUGAUUCUACCAUCAAUAAAGUUAUUUCUGGGAAUGGGAAAUUGUUGUUGGGCUCCAAUCAAAUUGAAAUUGCUUCUCUAAAAGGGGACAUUUAUAACUUUCGACUUUGGAAUUUUACCAUGGAUUCCAAAAUCCUCUCCAACCUCAGCUGUAACGUGAAAGGGAAUGUGGUCGACUGGCAAAAUGACUUUUGGAAUAUCCCAACUCUAGCUCUGAAAGCUGAAAGCAACCUCAGCUGUGGUUCCUACCUGGUCCCGCUUCCCGCAGCAGAACUAGCCAACUGUGCAGAUUUGGGGACCCUCUGCCAAGCUACUGUAAACUCUCCUAGUACUAGACCACCUACUGUCAUCACUAACAUGCCUGUUACUAAUAGAGUCGAUAAACAAAGGAAUGAUGGAAUUAUCUAUAGAAUUUCCUUAGUGAUUCAAAACAUCCUUCGUCACCCUGAGGUAAAAGUACAGAGCAAGGUGGCAGUAUGGCUCAAUUCAACCUUCCAAAACUGGAACUACACUGUUUAUGUAGUUAAUAUCAGUUUUCACCGGAAUGUGGAAGAGGACAAGGUUAAAGUCAAGAGAAGCAUUGUGGAUGAUCAAAGGUUGACAGUUUGGGCCCUUCUAGUUUACAAUGCUACCAACAAUCACAAUUUAGAAGGAAAAGUCAUUCAGCAGAAACUCUUAAAAAAUAAUGGGUCCCUGGAUGAGGACUUGAGGCUUUAUACAGUGAAAGUGAGGCAACUGGGUUUCUGUCCUAAGGAUGAGGAUCCCAAAGGCUUUCAGUGGCCAGUCAUCCCGCCUUCUGAAUACAGGCAGCCUUGUCCAGGGAAACCGGGUUUUUAUGCUUCACGGACAUGUAUUCGUGACCUUUCCAACACAUCUUUAGCCAUCUGGGGGCCUCCUGAUGUCUCCAAUUGUUCAAGGGAAGCAAAUGAAGUUGCCAAUCAGAUUUUAAAUUUAACUGGUGAUGGGCAGACCUUAAACUCAGCCAAUAUUACCAGCAUUGUAGAACAGGUCAAAAGGAUCGUGAAUAAAGAAGAAAACAUUGAUAUAACUCUUGGCUCAACUUUGAUGAAUAUAUUUUCUAAUAUCUUAACCAGUUCAGACAGUGACUUGCUUGAGUCUUCUUCUGAAGCUUUAAAAACAAUUGAUGAAUUGGCUUUCAAGAUAGACCUAAAUAGCACAUCACGUGUGAAUAUUGCAACUCGGAAUUUGGCUCUUGGAAUAUCAUCCCUGUCUCCAGAGACAAGUGAAAUUUUAAAUUUUAGCAUCAGUCUUCCAAAAAAUAAUGAAUCAUAUUUCCAGAUGCAUUUUGAGAGUGGACAUGAGGAUCCAUUGGCGUCUGUAAUUUUGCCUCCAAACAUACUUGAAAACUUAAGUCAAGAAUCUUCUGCAGCAGUUAAAAGAGCUCAGUUUACUUUCUUCAAUAAAACUGGACUUUUCCAGGAUGUAGAGACCAAGAGAGGCACCUUGGUGAGUUAUGUGAUGGCGUGCAGUAUUGGAAACAUUACCAUCCAGAAUUUGAAGGCUCCAGUUCAAAUUAAAAUCAAACAUACAAGAAACCAGGCAGUGCCGGAUCCGAUCUGUGCCUUCUGGGAUCUGAACAAAAAUGAAGGUUCUGGAUUUUGGAACACAUCGGGAUGUGUUGUUGCAGACAGAGAUUCAGACGCGAGCGAGACGGUCUGCCUCUGCAACCACCUCACACACUUUGGAGUUCUGAUGGACCUCCAAGGGACUGCCUCACAGAUAGAUGCAAGGAACACUAAAGUCCUCACCUUCAUCACCUAUAUCGGGUGUGGAAUAUCAGCUAUUUUUUCAGCAGCAACUCUCCUGACAUAUGUUGCUUUUGAAAAAUUGCGAAGAGAUUAUCCCUCCAAAAUCCUGAUGAACCUGAGCACGGCGCUGCUGUUCCUGAACCUCAGCUUCCUGCUGGACGGCUGGGUGGCCUCGUUCCAGGUGGAGGGCCUCUGCAUCGCCAUCGCGGCCCUGCUGCACUUCUUCCUCCUCGCCACCUUCACCUGGAUGGGGCUGGAAGCGAUUCACAUGUACAUUGCUCUGGUUAAAGUAUUUAACACGUACAUUCGCCGCUACAUACUGAAAUUCUGCGUCAUUGGCUGGGGCUUACCUGCCUUCAUUGUGGCGGUCGUUCUAGCAAGCAGAAACCAAAAUGAAGUCUAUGGAAAAAAAAGUUAUGGAAAAGAACAAGAUGAUGAAUUCUGUUGGAUUCAGGAUCCAGUGGUCUUCUACGUGACCUGUGCAGGGUAUUUCGGAGUCAUGUUUUUCCUGAAUGUUGCAAUGUUCAUCGUGGUGAUGGUGCAGAUCUGUGGGAGGAACGGCAAGAGGAGCAACCGGACGCUGCGUGAGGAGGUCCUGCGGAACCUGCGCAGUGUGGUCAGCCUGACGUUUCUGCUGGGCAUGACAUGGGGCUUUGCUUUCUUUGCCUGGGGACCCUUACAGAUCCCUUUCAUGUACCUCUUCUCCAUCUUCAAUUCAUUACAAGGCUUGUUUAUUUUUAUUUUCCACUGUGCUAUGAAGGAGAAUGUUCAGAAACAGUGGAGGCGGCAUCUCUGCUGUGGUAAAUUUCGGUUAGCAGACAACUCGGACUGGAGUAAGACAGCUACCAACACCAUCAAGAAAAGUUCUGAUAAUCUAGGAAAAUCAUUGUCCUCAAGCUCCAUUGGUUCCAAUUCAACCUACCUUACAUCCAAAUCGAAAUCUAGCAGUACCACCUACUUCAAAAGGAAUAGUCACACCGACAAUUCUUCCAUGGACAAGUCCUCAUCAAAAGUGACCCAUGCUGAUGGAGAGCAAACAUCAAUCAUCCCUGUCCAUCAGGUCAUUGAUAAGGUCAAGGGUUAUUGCAAUGCCCAUUCAGAUAACUUCUAUAAAAAUAUUAUCAUGUCAGACACCUUCAGCCACAGCACAAAGUUUUAAAGUCUUUGACACAAGAAAGAGGGAUCAGUCUGCAGAAACGUGAUCUGCCAGCAGUGGAAGCUGUGACUAGCGGGUGUAAAUACGCCGUUACCUAGGUAACUGCAUAUAUAUGAGGAAUGUAUUUUGUUAAAAUGGCUUUUGUGAAACUCAGAAUUUGUCUUUUCUUCAGUGUAGUUCUUCCAUGGGGAAGCUUCUAUCAUCACUAAAACUUCAGUACUGGCAGCAACAUGACUCAGUAGCCACAGGAAAUUUUUUAAAUAUGUAAUUGGAUUAGACUAAUCAGAGCUCACACGGGGAGGCUUUAAAGUUAGAGGACAGGGGGAGAGGCUGAGCUAAGGACAAACACUAAGUUAGAGCUCAUUCAUACCCCACCUAAGAGUUAGGUUUGGAUGUGGCUAUUUGCUUCCUCGAAAUCUUUCUCAAUUAAAAGCAUAUUUCUAACUCUUUUGGUUGCCCACAGAGCCCAUCUCAGCAAUAGUUUCUGUGAAUACAGUGGCACAUUUCCUCUUUUUCAGUGAAACUUCAACCAUGGAUACAAAAGAAAGUCUAACCUAAAAAUCAGAU